UUUAUUCCCGCAGAACUAUUUUUAACUAUCGUCAUCAACAUUUUCAUUUUUAAUUCUUUCAUCUCUAUUUAACAAUUUUAUGCCACUUUAUGCUCCCUUUCCGUUUGUAUCGUGUGCGUUUUAUUAAACUUGGAAGCUUCACCAAAAGUAACAAAUUAAAAUCUUGUCCCAUAUUAAUUUUUAUGUUGAACCUAUUCAAAAUUCCAUAUCCCUAUCCAAAACAGAGUUUAUUAAAAACAGAAUGCAACCCAUUAUAUUGCAAAUGAUGAACGCAGAUGGCACCAAUUCCAAUGGUUCGAGAAACAGCAGUAAUGGUUGUUCCCUAAAUGCAAAAACUGUUCAAGCAUUUGAGCUUUUCAACCAACUCUUUCAAAACUACUCCCCAGACGAAGUAUUCGUAUCGUUUAAUGGCGGCAAGGAUUGUACCGUCGUUCUACAUCUACUUAGCCAGUACUUAAAACAAAAAGAGAAUCUACAAAAUUGUGUGAUAAAUGUUCUGUAUAUUCGCCCGGAGAAUCCGUUUCAAGAAGUCGAAGACUUUGUAGCACAAUGUAAGCAAAAUUAUCGGGUGGAUAUGAUAGAACAGCAAGGGAGUAUUAAGCCAGUGCUUGAGGUGAUGUGUGCUGAGAGGCCCAAACUGAAAGCAGUCCUUAUGGGAAUUCGUCGAACAGAUCCUUACGGACAUGACAUGAAACCCAUGCAGCAAACAGAUUCAGGCUGGCCUCCCCUGCUGCGAGUGAAUCCGAUCCUGGACUGGACUUGUCAGGACAUAUGGACAUAUCUUCUGGAGAAAAAAGUUCCCUAUUGCUCGCUCUACGACAUGGGAUACACGUCACUGGGCGAAACGACCAACACUAAGCGAAACAAACAACUUCGGAGGGAAGAUCCUGCUACAGGUGAAGUUACUUACCGACCAGCUUACGAACUGUUGGAUGAUGCAUUGGAGAGAGAUGGCCGUUGUUGACACAGAACAGGCUAUCAGAAAAACUAAGGCCUUUUUUUAUUCCUGUUUAAUUAUUACUCGAAAUAAAAACUAACAUAACUGGGUAUA